GUUAGUUUUCUGUAGAUGUUGUGGAUGUACGCGUAGUUGUUGUUAGUUUUCAGCGGCGGAUCCUGUAGCUUGUGGUUGUAGAUCGAGUUGUGGUUAUAGCGCCUGAAUUUUGUCUAGUUUUGUGUUGUUUUUGUCCCAUGUUGUUCAUCCCGGUGGUUUAUUAAGUCAUCCCUAUGUAUUUUUGUUCCUGUUUGCUGUGUACUUUUCAUGUAUUUUUGAUGAUUGUUUUUAUGUUUUUUCCACCAUUAUAUGAGUGUAUCUAAGAUGAAGGGGCUGCAGUAUGCGCAUGAAGUUCUGCUCUCCACUUUUUCUCACUGCAUCUUGUCCUGCGGAUAUAUGUUUUUGCAACCUAUUAGUGGCAUUUUUUUGUUCACUGCAUCUUGUCCUGUAGAGUUUCAUUGCUACCGUUUUGCGCCAUGCCGUUGUAUUAUGUUUUUGUUGUGGACCCAGCCCAAAUGUUAUGCCCCUCCCAAGUACGUUUUUGUCGUCGUUGAUAUGUAUUUUUUUAUGCGGCCUAUAGUUGAUGUGGAAGUAGGCGUGGUAGGCAAUAGGUUUCAGCGAUGGAUCCUAAAGCUAAUGUUUCUGAAGACGCUAUAAUAUUUUCUGAAGAUCCUAAAGCUGAUGCCAGCCUAUAAUUUUUGAGUGUUGUUGUUUUGUUCUGUAGUUCAUGUCAUAGUUUUAGUAUAUCCACUUUAGUGUAAUUAUAGUGUAUUUCUCUGACUUUAUGUGUCCUUUUUGUUCCAGUAUUACAAUGUAAUGUCUCUUAGGUUUUACAGUGUUCUUUUUAUGGUAGUUUUGCAGUGUAAAUGCACUCAUUUAUAGUAUAAUGGUUCUAGCCUUUUACAGUGUAAAUUCUGGUAGUUUUUACAAUGUAAUUGUGCUAGUUUGUACAGGUGUAAUCUCAGUGUAUUUAUUUGUUCUAUUACAGUGUAGUUGUGCUUAGGUUUACAUUGUAAUUUAUGUGCAUUUUUUUCCAAUACUCACAGUGUAGUUGUGCUAGUUUUGCAUUGCAAACCCACUCAUUUACAGUAUAAUGGUGCUAGUCUUACAGUGUAAUUUCUGUUAAUUUUUACACUGUAAUUGUGGUAGUUUUUACAGUAUAAUCUCAGUGUAUUUUAUUGUUCAAUUACAGUGUAGUUGUGCUAGUUUUUACACUGUAAUUACAGUGUAGUUGUGCUAGUUUUACACUGUAAUUACAGUGUAUUUUUUCUCCAAUACACAGUGUAGUUGUGCUAGUCUUAUAAUGUAAUUUCUGUUUUUGUUCAAUGCAAUCACAGUGUAAUUUUGUUCAAUACUUACAGUGCAGUUGUGCUAGGUUUAUACUGUAAUUACAGUAUAUUUUUUAUCCAAUGCUUAUAAUGUAGUUGUGCUAGUUUUUACAAUGUAAUGACAGUGCAUUAUGUUGUAUACUUACAUUUGUAUUUUUGAGUUUUAGUUGGAUGCUUUUUCACUGUUACUUAUGUUUUUGUUUUUUCCUUUUUCUAGGUUUAAAUGGGCAAGCUACGGAAAGUUUGCCAUUGGGAUGUUCCUGUAGUAUCAUCUUUAGAUAGUGCUGAUUCUGGAGGUGAAGCAUUUGUGCCUGAUGAUUUUGCAGGAGAUUGUUCUUUGCCUGUGUCUAUGGUAUUUAUUUAUUUUCUGCUUCUUUUUUAUUUUGUCUAUGAUUUUUGCAGAAGAUGGUUCUUUUCCCUGUGCCUAAUGAUUUUCCUUUUUUCUGCAGGAAUUAUCUAGUGACGAAGGAGGGUUUGACAAAGCUCUUCUGAAGUUCUAUCUUAACCGAGUAUGUUUUAUUUUAUCUAGGACUUUUCAUUCUUGUUUCAUUUUUUUACAUUUUGUCUGAUGCAUGAUAGUUGUGUUUUUGUUAUGUUUUCAGAAAGUAAAAUGCCUCAAGAGGAAAUUAUCAUCUGCUUCAAGGAGGAAUGUGGUUAGUUCCUAUUUUCUUUUCUGUUUUCAGCAGUUUUUACUUUGUGAAAGAAAAAUGGUUGAAGUUCUAUCUUAAUGAAUUUUUUUUGUAGUGUUAGUCCAAUUAUUAGUAACUGCAUUUUUUCAAUGUAUUGCAAUGUUCAUUUUGUACUAAGUAAUAGUAAUCUGAAGCUAUUUUUUGACUGGUUUGAUAUGUGUUUCCACUCAUGUUGUUUUUGCUAUUUUCUAGAGUAAGUCCAAUUAUUUUAGUAGCUGUAUUUUUUGAUGUAUUUGUAAAGUAUUUUUGUACUUAGUAAUAGUAAUGCGAAGUAAUUAUUUUGAGUGGUUGAUAUGGUGUUUCUCUUUUGUUGUUUUUGUAGAGGCAGAAACGCUCUAGCGAUUAUCCUACUUGUGCUACUUUCACUAGAUAUUCUGGGAAGUUCUUCUCUGGUGUUGUUGAUGGUUUAUGUUCUAGGUAUCGAGAUGUUGUCCAGAGAUAUGGCAUGGGCUGUCUCUUAGAGUUUGUUAGGACCGAGGUGCCCCUUAGGUUAGUGAAGUGGCUCGCCAGUAGGUUUGAUGUCCUUUCAUCUGAAUUCCAGCUCAAAAAGAAAUUUAUCCCAAUGACCAAGUAUGAUAUUCAUGACAUCCUCGACCUUCGAGUAGAUGGUGAGCCACUUGUGUGUGAUGCUGAAUCCGGCCGUGAUUUUAUCCUCUCUCACUUCAACUUGACCAGUAUUCCUCCCGUGUCCUUCUUUGCUAACAAGCUAAAAUCAACCACAGUUGAGUUGCCUGAUGAAGAUGUCUUUAUCUGUUUCAUGAUUGUUGCUUUUUCAUCAUUCCUUUGUCCCAACUCUAGCCUCAGUCCUAGCCCAAAGUACCUUCACAUCUUCCGGGAUUGUCCUUCUGUGCGUAACUAUGAUCUGUCAAAAUUUGUUUAUGAGUGGCUGUUGAGUUGCAUAAAAAAGUUCAAGGAUUCCACUAAAGUUGCUUCCAAAAGAUCAGUGACGUUUGGCGGUUGUCACUACGCUUUUGCUGUUUGUUACCUCGACCAACUUAAUUUUGGUAUUCACUCUGUCUCUGAUGUAAAGCCUCGGAUCCUAACCUGGAGAGGCAACAAAGUUAAGCAAUUUUCAGAGCUCGAUAGAAACAAUAGCCGUUCUUUUGGUAAGAGGCCUCUAAAGCAGCUGUGUGCUUCAGUUCAUCCGCAGGUUGGCUGCUCAGCAAACUCACCUUUGAUUGCGAAAUCUAUUGCUACACCAAAAUUUUCUCCAAGUGAAUUUCAAUCUCUGAGCAACUUCUCUUUUGGCAAAAAGUCUGUUUCUAUUCACUCUUUCAUUGCUGAAAAAAACUUUGAAAAUGUUGUCGAAAAGCCGUCUUCUCAAGUCCAGCCCCCAAUCCCCAAUCUGAAUGAAAAUGUUAUUUCGGAUGGGGAUUUCGUCAAUCCAGUAGUAUUAUCUAGCUCAUCUCCAGCUCCUAAGAGUGUGGUGAAUGAAGCUAAUGCUGAAGGUGCAAUUCCAAUGGCUCCUCUAUCUUGUGCAAAAAGUGCUUCUGAUGCUAUAGGUGUAUCCCCUUCAACAAUGCAGUGUCCACUUCCUGCUGUUGGUUCUUCUUUGAUGCAAUCAGCCGGUCUUGAUAAGAAGUGUGAGCGCAAGGUUGUUGUCACAGAUUUUCGAAAACCAAGUUUUGCUGAUUUCAGUCGCUCUCUUGGUGUCCAAUCGCAUCCUGAAGAUUCCAUUGAACAACCCAAAGUUAAAGAGGGUAUCUCUUCUGUUGGUGGACUGUCGCCUCUGGUUCCUACUCGUUUGACGCAGCGGUUCCGUAAUGUGGUAGAUGACGUUGAGUGCUCUCAGUAUGUUGUUCAAAGAUUCUUGAGUUCGAUUGAUCAUGCGAAUGAUGAGUCAAAUUUCUCCUCAAGCCACAUUAAUGAUCAGAAGGCAGUAGACGAUGUUCAAAUUGUUGGGAGUUCCAGUUUUGUUGAUAGAUGCAAAGACCUUUCAAGAUCUAAUGAUGCUGCUUACAACAAGCUUAACAACUUCAACUUGGUAGAAGCUCAGUCAAUUAGUCGUUUCCCUAAGAAUCAAAAAGCUGCUGCUAGUCCAGAAGUAGAAAUCUUGUCUUCCGGCAAUGCCUCUAGAGAUCUCUCUCCUGCUGAAGUUCCUAAAGCUGAUGGCGCAUCUUUCAUUUUUCCUAGUGGUUCAUCUGGUGGUCAUCAACCUCGCAGGAUGGUUUUACCAGGUAGAUUUAACUCGGAUCCUUAUGUUGCUCAGGGUAACAAGUUUCCUGUUACUGCUAAAGAAAGGCGACACCACCUCGCAAUGGUGCAAAUUGGAAAUCAUGCAAGUUGGUGCAAGUAUGAAGCAAUUCGAUAUGACCGAGCCUACUGUAGCUAUCGUAAUCUUGCAACUUUGAAGUCAAGAGAACAUGUGGAUAAUUUCUUGAUUUUGUGCGUUUGUCGUUAUCUGUUCAAACAAGCUCACCCGUCAGUAUCAAAGAAACAUUUCUUUUUCUCUUAUGUCGGGGAAACCAUCCUGAGAGGCACUGAUGUUGAUAUUGUAGGCAACGCUUUUACUGGUGCUAACAGUGCUUUCCCAAUGUGGAGAAGUGAUCUGUUAUUCUUUCCCAUUGGACAGGAGAACCAUUGGUUUACCUUUGUUGUUUGCUUGAAGGAGAGGGCUUUUGCAUUUCUUGAUUCUCUGUACGGGGCAAAGAAUCAAUUUCAUCUGGGAAUCCGUGACAAAUUGGUAAUCAUUUUCAUGUGUUGUUGCACUCAUUAUUAUUCCAUCCUUUCAAUCUAGAUUGCAAAUUUCAUAACAAUCUGGGAUCAGUUUGUGACUCCUAUACUGCGUAAGCGCAUCGACUUUGAGAAUUUUGACAUUGUGUAUCCUACUCUUCCUCAGCAAAAUAAUUGGGAUGAUUGUGGUGUUUUUACGAUCAUGUACCUGAAGCACUGGACUCCUAGGACCCCAAUUGGCAAUAUGUUCGGCGCAUCUGAUGUUGACAACAUAAGAAUCAGAUUGGCAAAUGAGUUGUAUUUCAGUGGUUUCAACAGUGUCGACAAGACUUUUGUCACACACUUCUUUGAUGAUGUGAGUUUUUUUUGGUAUGCUUUUCUUUUGAUUUUUGGUUUGAUGUGUUUUAUUCUUUGUUGAAGUAGUUUAAAGUCUGUUUUUUGUACAGGCCAAGGCUUAGGUGUUCCUGGAAGAUGCAUUUCCGACAUUUGAAGGCUUUGCUUAAAACUAGGCAUUUCGAGAGAUUUUUAGAUAGUAGUACUGCUGGCAUUGUUUUUUUUCAAUAGUGUGAUUAAAUGCGACAAUUUUGUACACUUUGGCCUACAUGUCAUGUAUGGUGUAUUGGACGGCUGUUUUGACUUUUAAUGUUGUGAAUUAGUGACCUUUUUUACAGAGUAGUAUGAGGAGGAUGGUUUCAUUGUCUCUUUUUUGUUCUAUCUGUUGUUUUUUUGUUCCUUUUAGUGGUUGUUUGAUUUUACUUUUUAUUUUUUAAUGUAUUAUUAAGCAUGGUUGCUUCAGCGGCAAUUGGACGUUCUUGGGUUAUCAAGGUUAAUUUCCUCCCAACAAAUUCUUUUAUCUUUGUUUUUUCCUUUUUGGGGUGUUUAGUAUAUUCUAAUCAUUUUUUGUCUUUUUGUUUGUUAUUGCAGGGUUGGUUUAAUUCUUUUCUAAAGCCCCCCAAUAAUUAAACUCAAAUUGUUAAAGUUACAAGUUCAAUUUUUUUCAGGUAAAAGAAUGCUUGCUGGGCUUUUUCAUUUUUUCCUUUGUGUUUAAG